AUGGGUGUGUUUUGCAGGAGCAGCCACAGCGUACGGUAUCGGCUUCACGGAGGUGAGGUGGGAUCAGUGGGGGGAGCUGGCUCUCGGGGGUUUCUCUGGCCUCGGAGCAGCAGCACUCUUCCUCAUGACCUUCAUCAGAAACAUCUGGGUCUGCUACGCCGGAUACAUCGUAUUCAAGUGCUUGUACAUGCUGCUGAUAACAAUAGCCAUGUACCAGAUUGCAGCCGACCUGACGAUGGAGAGGUAUGCUCUGGUGUUUGGAGCGAAUAACUUUGGAGCGUUGGCUCUGCAGACCAUCAUCACCUCUGUGGUGGUGGACAGCAGAGGGCUGGGCCUGGGCAUCAUUCCUCAGUUCACCAUAUACGCCAGCUACUUCUCACUCAUCGCUGUCGUUUUCUCACUUCGGGGACUUUUUACCAUUUGGAGAAGCGACAAAGAGCCCACUGCUGCCGUCAGAAAUGACCCUCCGGACUGUGACGAACACAAAUUCUGAAACUUUGCAGAGUUAAAAGCUUCAAAUUACCGACUGCAACACCAUGAAUAUAAAUCUUUUUUCUUUUUUUUUAUAUAUAUGCAAAACAAAUGUACACGAUUCUCCAUACAUCAAUAUAAAUGAAUGGUUUGGUAAUUUCUUCUUAUUUAUAUAUCACUGUC